AUGCCCAGUAGCCCCUCUUCUUCCACCUCCUCGCGUACCUACUCCCUGCACGCAGAUGCUGGGGAAGCCGACAUUCCAGAUAUACCUCUCCUGAAAUCACCCAGGGGGAUGUCGGUGCUCAAUAAGAUCCUGGCCGGAAAAUACGACUUUAUGGCUCCUCACCGAAAGGCACCCGAGCAUGAGCGACUCAGUGGGGAUGUCUCCAGACCAGAAAUAACAAGCAUCACUACUGAAUAUCCCAACGGAGCACUUGUGCUGACCUGCGCAUCUCUGUCUAUGUAUAGCCUUCCUGAUGUGCCAGAGAGCAUUGAGUCUCCUGUCCCAAAGAGACACGAUCGAUCUGUGUCGGGAGGGGCUCGCUCUUUCUCUCCCAACGUACGAAGCAAGCGUUCAGCAAUGUCGCUUCGUUCUACCGAAUCGUCAUAUCAGACGCGGAUUACCACCCCCAGCCCACCACCUCCGGAAUUCACACUACCUGCACUGCAGGCCACAAGUGCUGAACAUUCCGAUGGUCUGGAGCCUCUUUGCGAAGAGGAAAUAGAGCCUGGCAGCUUCGACCUCGUUUCACCCGAGACUGAAGGCCCGGGUCUGUACUCGCUUGAAGAACGAUCCGAGUUCCUGUUCUCGCCGCAACAUUUGAGGAUAAUAUUUGAUAACUUCACGCUCUUCCAGCGCUUCUCCACUUUUAUGAGCACCCAUCGACCAAAGUCCGUUCCUCUUUUGGUUUACUACCUAGACACCGUCAAGGCACUCGCGGCUUUCAAGUACGCCAAUGCCAUUAGUGAGGCACUGGAGCCCCUGGACGCGUACGAUUUCACGCGAGACACCACUGCCGUGCCAAGGACGGUGAACGACUGCCUGGAGAAGAAAGCCAAUGCCGCCUUUGAGCUGCUGGCCCAAGAGGAACUGCCGGCCUUCAUCACAAAUGCAUGGAUGCAGUUCGUCGAGGUUUCCAUACGGAGGCGUAUUUUCCGCCCCCAGGAUUGGAUGAUCGCUAAAUGCGUGGAUUUGCCCAUAUCUAGUAUGUCGGAAGGUCUGGCCGAAACUUUCUGCCUCACCGAUCCCUCGCGCCGCGAAAAUCCCAUAAUAUUCGCUUCUGAGGAAUUCCAUAGGACCACACAGUAUGGCACCAAAUACGUUAUAGGCCGGAACUGCCGCUUCCUUCAGGGGCCUAAGACGAAUCCCUUUAGCGUUAAGCGUAUAAGGGAAAAGCUCGAGGCAGGUAAGGAGCACUACGAGACAUUUCUUAAUUAUAGAAGAGAUGGGUCUCCGUUCAUGAACCUGCUCAUGUGCACCCCUUUGAUGGACUCCAGGGGCAGGGUGCGAUAUUUCCUCGGUGCCCAAGUAGAUGUAUCAGGGCUGGCCAAGGAGUGUGCUGGGCUGGAUUAUUUGAAGCAUUAUUUCGAGAGCCAAUACGAAGGUGACAACGACGAACAAAAGCAGGGCUCAGCCGAGUCUCCAGGGGCGAAGGACUUCGAGCAGGAAUCCAAGGAUGAGUUCCAGGAGCUGAGCGAAAUGUUCAAUUUGGAAGAACUCAGCACUGUUCGCAAGCACGGAGGAACGAUGUAUCGGCCUCUACAGGACCAGGAGCAGACAAACAGGUCGAACUGGCACAAGGAACGGGUCGUGAUCGAGUCUGACUCGGACGGCGGCCUCAGUGGCGACGGAGAUGGCGGCGACAGGAACAGCACGGACGCCAUCAAGAGCCCUGAUCCGUUCAAGGCCCUUCCGGGACUCCCGGGACAAGACGAGGUUAACCUGCCACUUCGCUCUAGACCCUCGACCCCGGCCGAUCAGCAGCUGCUUAACAAGGGCGGCCACAUGCCAGGCGUGUACAAAAACUACCUACUGGUGCGGCCAUACCCUAGCCUCCGAAUCCUGUUCGCAUCGCCGUCACUGCGCAUCCCUGGGAUACUGCAGUCCAAUAUCAUGGAUCGAAUUGGAGGUUCCGGCCGCGUUCGAGACCAAGUCCAGCAAGCACUAGCCGAAGGACGAGACGUCACAGCCAAGAUCCGCUGGAUCUCCAGCCGUCGGCGGAAUGUAGACUAUGGCCGGCCAAGAUGGAUUCAUGCUACCCCUUUACUUGGUAAAAGCGGCGGAGUGGGGGUGUGGAUGGUGAUCAUAGUCGAUGAGGAAGAAGAGGACGUAAUGAAGAAGUCAACAAAACAGCAAGUGAAGCAGAGGCGAUUCGGGCUCUCCGCACCGCCACCGGAGAUCGACACAACAAGGACAACGGCAUGA